GAGUCCUGUGCUUGUGUUCCAGUGUGUGCAUCGCCAUGUCAUUUGCCUAGACUGUUUCCAUUUGUACUGUGUGACUAUGCUGAAUGACCGCCAGUUCAUCCACGACCCAGAGUUUGGCUAUUCCCUCCCUUGUGCAGCUGGCUGUCCGGAUUCCUUGAUUAAAGAGCUUCAUCACUUCAGGAUUCUGGGAGAAGAGCAGUACAACCGGUACCAGCGCUAUGGGGCCGAGGAGUGCGUGCUGCAGAUGGGGGGAGUCCUGUGCCCCACUCCCGGCUGUGGAGCAGGUUUGCUUCCUGAACCAGGAGUGAGGAAAAUUCUCUGUGAACCAGGCAAUGGAAUUGGCUGUGGG